UCGGUGGUUUGUUUUAACAUAAAAUUCAUGUGAUUGAAAACAAAUGCAACGAUGCCCCGGUCUGAAAAAGGGACAUUCAGGAAAGCUUCGUUCAUGCGCAGACUUGAGGGGCUAAAGAAAGCACGAGAAGCAAGAGAAGCCCAUGCCUUACGAGGUAAACAUGAUGCCAAAAAUGAUGCUCCGUGCUUGGAAAAUGAUUCUUCCCCUGUCCUACGAACCGGUAAUGGUCAAAGUGCAGAAAGUGCAGAGAGUUCAUGGCGUGUCGGUAGACGGAUUGUAGAACUCGGCACUCUUGUUGAUAAUUUGAAAAGAGGUUGCGUUAUGUGUGGGAAUGCACUUCAGCUUGUCAACACUGUAGGUGAAAGGAAGUUUGGACUAGGACAGGUUCUGCAGAUAAAGUGCACGCAUUCCAGUUGUGCCCAUGUUAACGACAUACCCACGGGCAGCAAACAUAGGAUUAAAGCAGAUAUGAAGCAAUAUGCUUGGGAUGUCAACACAAAGCUGGCUGCAGGUAUAAAUUAG